AAAAAAUUAACCAAAAUAGAGAGUAUUGUUUAUAAUAAGACAAUGGAAAAUGUGUUAACAGAGAGUACAGUCAGUAAAAAGACAAUAGAGAGUAAUGUAUAUUUUCAAAAUAUUAAUGAAGAGUUUAUGAAAAAGGCAUUAGUAAUGGCAAAAGUUGCAUUAGAAAAAGGUGAAGUUCCUGUGGGGUGUGUUAUUAUUCAUGAUAAUAUAGUUAUAGCUGAUGGAUACAAUGAUGUUAAUCGUACUAAAAAUGCAACACGACAUGCUGAAAUUAUUGCAUUAGAGAAAGCUAGAUUUUACUUUUUACAAGCUGGAAAAAAUUUAAAUAGCAUGAGUGAAUGUGUUUUGUAUGUUACUACUGAACCAUGCAUAAUGUGUGCAGCAGCCUUACGUAUCUCAGGCUUAAAAAAAGUGUUCUAUGGCUGUACAAAUCAGCGGUUUGGUGGUUGUGGUUCAAGAUUAGAUGUUAGCUCAAUUAAAACAGAAGCAAAGUCAAAAAGUAAUUUAUCUCAAUGUGAACUUCAAAUGAGUUCUAAUUUGGAGUGUAUUAGUGGAUGCCUUUCUCAAGAGUCAAUUAAUUUGUUGAAACUAUUUUAUACUUUUGAAAACCCUUCUGCUCCUCAACCAAAGUGUAAAACAGGAAGAAAAGCUCCAAAUCAAAAUGACUAGAUAUUUAGAUUAUUUUGUUGUUAAUUGUUUAUUAUAUUUUGUGUUUUGUUUAUUAUUUUAUUUUUAUUUAUUGUUUUAUUGUAUUUUAAAGGAAUAAGUAAAAUAAUAAAA